ACCGCUUUUUCGUCUUUAAAGUACUCACCUUCGCUUUAAAAUUUUGCAAACGUAUUAACGUGACUUCGGUUGCUUCCGUUCUGCGAAAACAACGACAUUUUCCGGAAGUAGAAGAACCAUAUGCAAUCGUAAAACGAACGUACCGUUCGUCAUCUUUCGUAUAUCCGACGAUUGCCGAAGAUGUGGCACCCACAAACAUACAUCCGGACACUUUUUCGACUACAUAGUGGUUAGCCGCGCAUGCGCAGGCUACCCACAAAAAUUGAACUAUUCCGCACGACUUUUUAAACUUAUUAUUAAGCUAGGGCUAAUUCCACGGGCUAAGUAAAAGUAAAAUAAUUAUUUUAAUAGUGCAUGGACUCCCUCAGGGUUGUUUAUUACUAGAACUCGUUUGAAAUAUUAGGUAUCCAAUAGAAAUGGUGGGAUUUUCUAUGACGACUUCCGUGUAUGGCGUCACUUGCAAGUGACAAACCGGCCGUAAAUUAUAAUCUAUACACAAAUAUCUGCAUCGCCAGUUUAACAAUGGCUGUCUUAGUAAGCAUAUGUGCGUUAAUUUUCACCUCACAAAUACUGCAGCAAGGUGAUUGUUCAACCGUUCAAGUCUUCUUUCAGAAAAAACCUGGAGAAUAUUUAGCAAAUCAUGUCAUCGAAACAAAACAAGCUGAAACCGAGCUAGAAUGCAGUAGUCAUUGCGUUGACCAUGGAUCAUGUGUGUCGGUUAACUACAAAACAUCUGGAAUCGGCAAAGGUCGAUGUGAGCUCAACAGCAAGACCCUUCAAGACGAUGAUGGAAAUAUCCUAAACACCGACGUCGACUUCCUUUAUAUAAUCGAAAAGAUAUUUGAAGAAAGAGUUCCUGAUUCAUGCACAAGUUUAAGAACCGAAAAUCGUUCAGCUGAAAGUGGAAUGUAUUCUAUAAAACCACAAGGAUUUAACUUCACGGUUCGAGUGUUUUGUAACAUGACUUCAAAGAAUGGUGUUGGUGUGACAGAGAUUGGACAUGACAGUGAAUCGAAAACGCUUGUUAAGGGAUUUGAAGCUCCGGGUUCUUACAAGAAAACCAUUAAAUAUAACAUUUCCAUGGAGCAGAUCGUUGCCAUCAUAAAUCAAUCAAAACGUUGCGAGCAGUUUAUUAAAUUUGACUGCUAUGCUGUCAGAUUUUUUGAUGAACCGUCAGCAUGGUGGGUAUCACGUCAAGGUUCAAACAUGACUUACUGGGGUGGAGCGGCAGUCGACAGUGGAAAGUGUGCCUGUGGAAUGACCGACAGCUGUGCAGGUGGAAAGAAAUGUAAUUGUGACAUGAAUGACAAAAAAUGGCGUGAAGACAGUGGAUACCUGACAGACAAGAACACGCUGCCUGUUACUGAAUUGCGUUUUGGAGAUACAAAAACCCCUGAUUAUGAAAAAGGGUAUCAUACACUUGGAAAGUUGCGAUGUUGGGGUUAAGAUCGGCAAAGAUAUUUCGCAGUUUUAAAUAGGACUGGCUUUGCAGAAAUAGACUUGACAUCUAGACAUCAAUUGGGCGAAAGACUUGUAGAGCAUUUAGCAUUAAUAGUAGUCAAGCAAUGUAUAGCUGUAUGACAUUCAUCAAGUAAUGAAUGCACAUUUGUAGAACUUAUAGAACAUUAAGCAGACAUUCAUGGGUAUAUACCUGUAGGACUUUGGGCAAUGCAUUGUAGGAUAAUUCCUGAUCAAGGUAAACACGAAGAACAUAAUUGUAUAGUAAUGAUAGUAUAUAAUGCAUACUGCAUUGUAGGAUAUUAAUUGAUCAAGGUAUACACGAGAAACAUUGAUUGUAUAUAAUGCAUACUGCAUUGUAGGAUAUUAAUUGAUCAAGGAAUACACGAGGAACAUUGAUUGUAUAUAAUGCAUACUGCAUUGUAGGAUAUUAUUGAUCAAGGUAUACACGAGGAACAUUGAUUGUAUAUAAUGCAUACUGCAUUGUAGGAUAUUAAUUGAUCAAGGUUUACACGAGGAACAUUGAUUGUAUAUAAUGCAUACUGCAUUGUAGGAUAUUAAUUGAUCAAGGUAUAUACACGAGGAACAUUGAUUGUAUAUAAUGCAUACUGCAUUGUAGGAUAUUAAUUGAUCAAGGAAUACACGAGGAACAUUGAUUGUAUAUAAUGCAUACUGCAUUGUAGGAUAUUAUUGAUCAAGGUAUACACGAGGAACAUUGAUUGUAUAUAAUGCAUACUGCAUUGUAGGAUAUUAAUUGAUCAAGGUUUACACGAGGAACAUUGAUUGUAUAUAAUGCAUACUGCAUUGUAGGAUAUUAAUUGAUCAAGGUAUAUACACGAGGAACAUUGAUUGUAUAUAAUGCAUACUGCAUUGUAGGAUAUUAAUUACUCCGCCUGCGUAUGUGCAGCGGAGUCUUAAAAUGCCAUGGUCUUUUUUGCUUUUAGUAGUCGUAGUUUUGGUUGACAGAAGUUGGCAUUUCCACAAGUAACCCAAAACAACUUCAUUUUUGACCGAGAAGCCCUGGGUUACGGAUGAAUUAUGGGAACGGAUGAAUUAUGUACAUAAGUUGGCAUGCAGGCGGGCGGAGUGAACGCCUUGAGCAGGCGUCUUGUUGAUCAAGGUUUACACAAAGAACACCAGUAAUCAUUGUAUAUACAUUAUAAUACACUCUGCAUGGUACAUUUAUCAUUGAGCAAUCAAUGCUUACUUGUAGGACUUUGGACAAUCAAUUCUGCAUGUAUACUUUAAGAAAUGCAUACUACAAUAUUAAAUAGUAGUAUAUUUAGUAAUAUUUGGUAUAGUGGAGCUAUCAUUGUAUAUUUCUAGGACAUUAUAAAUAACACUUAGCAAAUAAAGUUGUCUGUUCUCUUAUAGAUAUUCCGUAAGUUGUCAUAAG